AUGAUCUAUAUUCACAUCUGGAUCACAGUAUUCCUUUUCCUUCCAAAAAGUAAGUUCUCACUGUAUCACUGUAUAUGAUAUCAAAUCUCAUAUUUAUUAAACAGAGUUGGCAAUUGGAUUGAAAAGUUUAUAUAUCAAGUAUAUCAAUAUAUCAAGUGAAAUAUCAGCCUGACUAAGUGAAGAUUGUCUAAAUAUUCGGCCAUUUUUGUUUAACCCCUUAAGGACACAUGACAUGUCUAACAUGUCACGAUUCCCUUUUAUUCCAGAAGGUUGGUGUGACGAAGUGCCCUUCGCCACUUGGUCCUGGAGAGGCCUACUUGCCAGCCUCCUCCCCUGUGACUAUGAUUCUUUCAUCUAUCUGGCUUUAAAGCCCCUAGUCUACCUUCAGACAGACUAUUUAUGUGGGCUGCUUUAUUUAUCCUAUGUUUUAGUCACCCUGUACCCAUUAUAGGUGCAGGGUGUGUGUAAUGUAAUUGUUUAUAGUGUGUGUGUGUGUAAUGUAUUGCCUGCUCUCUUGUAUUGCUGAGGUUUGCUACCAACUAGGUGGGUUUGGCUAUGGAGCUGGUCUAGUGCCCUCUGUUAGUAGCAACAGCAAUAUGCACUACCUGAAUUGCAAGACUGGUUCAUUUGCAUAUUCGGGUAGAUUUGCAUAUUGCUAAUUCUGCAGGCAGGUGAGAUAUUUACUGUUAAAUAUUGUCUCCCCCCACCCCUUUUAAAAUGUGCCAUUGUGUUGUGAUAAGUCACUGUGUGUUUCUUGAUAUGGUUUGACUGUUUGUGAUUUUAUUGAGGUUUCACAACAAUGUUAUUGUGGUGACUGUAUUGGCUGGUCCCAAGGGAAUAAAUGUUUUGACAGUUCUUCUUGAUCCCUCUAAACGUAGCCUUGUCUCGUUAUUGGAGGGAGCUGUUAUAAUCACACUGGGGAUUGCUAUGCUCUGCAUGCUCCCCUGAGCUUGAGUCACUUAGCUCUUUUAAGAGCUUGUUCCUGACACACUCUCCUUGGAGGAGGGGUCUUCACCACACAGUCCUGGAGGACAGAAGCUGUGGAAGGAAGACGGCGAGACUCCAGUCAAGAUACGGCGGUUGCGGAGUCUGCAGUGGUUGUGGUGUCUGCUGCAGUGCUUGGGAGUCCUCAGGAAGCGCUAGGAGCAUCCGUCAACGGAGGGUACUCAGUCGGAGUACAAGGAGCUCCGUUACAUUGGUGGCAGCGGUGGGAUGGCGUCCUAGUGCGAGGAGAAGCAGCUCUGAGACACUGGUAUCGUAUGAGAGGUUAUUGAGGGCAACGCUAGCCACUGUGCAGCGUCCCUAACUACAGCAGCAUGGAGCAGGGAUGGAUAGAGCCCUGCGAAGAGCACCUCAACAUGAUACGUCGCUACGAGGAUGAUGCUUACAUUGAGGAGGUAAAGAGGCGGUUGGUCUGCUAUGGCCCAGACCUUUCAAACGAGGUGGUCCACCAAGUAAUGCGCCAGUUGAGUGCUGAGAACAGUGCGGCAAUGGCCUUUGAGCGACAACUGUGGAGGUUGAGGAUAUGGACACCUAGUCUCCAGUGGCAGUGCAAGUUACAGGGACCUGAAGGUGUCGUCCUUCCUCCCCAGCGGCAGUGCAAGUUAUAGGGAGCCGAAGGUGUCGUCCUUCCUCCCCAGCGGCAGUGUGUCCUACAGGGAGCAGAGACAGUUGGUCUCUCUCCCCAGCGGCAGUGCAAGUUACAGGGAGCCAAAGGUGUUGUCCUUCCUCCCCAGCGGCAGUGCAAGUUACAGGGAGCCGAAGGUGUCGUCCUUCCUCCCCAGCAGCAGUGUGUCCUACAGGGAGCAGAGACAGUUGGUCUCUCUCUCCAGCAGCAGGAAAAUGUUAUGGGAGUGGAGACAGGCGGUCUCCCUCUCCAGCGGCAGCCUGUGUUUCAGGGAGAGGAGCACAGCACCCUAUCUCCCCAGCGGCAGCUUACCCUACCAAGGGGAGACACCAAUCUCCCAGAUGGCGCAGAGGGGACCGUGGUCUCUGUGCCCAACCUACAGGGAUGCUGGACAGCCUGUCCAGAUCCCCAACUACCCUCACAGGGACAACAGGAGGAGGGGGUAAGGAUGAAUUCCCCUCCCCAGCUAACUCCUAACUUGGCCCCAGGGUUAACAGGGGAGAUGUUAACCCCCACUGACCCCCACGUUCCCCUGGCUACUGAGCCGGACUAUGUCCCAAGCCCCCAGCGGAAGAGCUGGCAGCUGGGCAGAGUGCAGUCGGCCUCUGCCCUCCCUUUGUCCCUUGUCCAGAGCCUGAUGUCCUGCAGGCUAUACCAGCAGAAGAGCUGGCAUCAGGGCAGACCGCUGCUGGCCUCUGCCCUACCGAUCCCCUUGUCACAGGACUGGCCUGCACCCCCCUCCUCCCAGCAGAAGCGCUGGCAUCAGGGCAGAGCGCUGCUGGCCUCUGCCCCUCAAGUCCCCAGUGCGUGUUGCCCCAUCACCCCAGAGGAAUACCCAGGUGCAGUCACUGUUUGCUGUGGGUGGGCUGCUCUAAUAACUGUUUGUUGUGGGUGGGCUACUCUGGCACUUGCUUAUGGUCGGUGGGUGACUCAACUUAGGCACUGACCGACAGAAAGUCAGGUGCCUGGUUAGUCUUCCCCGAAGGGAGAUAUGUGUGAAGUGCCCUUCGCCACUUGGUCCUGGAGAGGCCUACUUGCCAGCCUCCUCCCCUGUGACUAUGACUCUUUCAUCUAUCUGGCUUAAAGCCCCUAGUCUACCUUCAGACAGACUAUUUAUGUGGGCUGCUUUAUUUAUCCUAUGUUUUAGUCACCCUGUACCCAUUAUAUAGGUGCAGGGUGUGUGUGUAAUGUAAUUGUUUAUAGUGUGUGUGUGUACUGUGUAAUGUAUUGCCUGCUCUCUUGUAUUGCUGAGGUUUGCUACCAACUAGGUGGGUUUGGCUAUGGAGCUUGUCUAGUGCCCUCUGUUGGUAGCAACAGCAAUAUGCACUACCUGAAUUGCAAGACUGGUUCAUUUGCAUAUUCGGGUAGAUUUGCAUAUUGCUAAUUCUGCAGGCAGGUGAGAUAUUUACUGUUAAAUAUUGUCUCCCCCCACCCCUUUAAAAAUGUGCCAUUGUGUUGUGAUAAGUCACUGUGUGUUGCUUGAUAUGGUUUGACUGUUUGUGAUUUUAUUGAGGUUUCACAACAAUGUUAUUGUGGUGACUCUAUUGGCUGGUCCCAAGGGAAUAAAGGUUUUGACAGUUCUUCUUGAUCCCUCUAAACGUAGCCUUGUCUCGUAUUGGAGGGAGCUGUUAUAAUCACACUGGGGAUUGCUAUGCUCUGCAUGCUCCCCUGAGCUUGAGUCACUUAGCUCUUUUAAGAGCUUGUUCCCUGACACGCUCUCCUUGGAGGAGGGGUCUUCACCACACAGUCCUGGAGGAUGAAGUUGAUCCAGGGUGGAAGGAAGACGGACUCCAGUCAAGAUACGGAGGUUGUGGAGUCUGCGGUGGUUGUGGUGUCUGCUGCAGUGCUUGGGAGUCCUCAGGAAGCGCUAGGAGCAUCCAUCAAUGGAGGGUACUCAGUCGGAGUACAAGGAGCUCCGUUACAGUUGGUCCUUAAGGGGUUACAUUUUGAAAGAAUGCAAUUUCAUUGUAACACUGCUGAUGGUUGGAUUAGAUGUGAAGUGGGAGCAGAUUAUUCUCCCCUAUAAAGGUGAGUGCACUCGUUUAGGUGACAAAGUGAUGGAAGCAGAAUGUUGGUUAUUGUUCCAUAGGUGUCUCUCCUUUAGGUCACAGGACAUUAUCACUGUUUAUUUAAUUAACAUUAGUGGUAUUUCCAGUAAGACCCUGAGAAAAACUCUUUGAGACUUUAAUAACUGAACGUAUCACAUUUGGGGAACAAUACAUACUCUGAGUGAUAAUGUCACUAAGAUUAGAAGCCGCAGACUAACCCAACAUCCAACUAAUGUCUCAGAGCUGCUUUGAACCCACGUCCCCUAUUGAUAUAAUGUUACGUAGUAAUUUAGGUUGAAAAAACUGAAGUCCAUCAAGCUCAACCUUUAGAACACAGAUAAAUCACUUGUGACAUGGAACCUGGACUUACAUACGUGUAUCUGCUCUCCCUGAUUGUCAGGCUGGGAUAAAGACUAAGCCAACACUACCAGUCAUGCAGUUUAGGAUUUAGCCAGGGAUGACCCUCUUCAAUCUUAAUGUUUUACUCAAACUCACUGUGAGCUGAUAAGGGUUACAUAGUUACAUAGUUACAUAGCUGAAAAGAGACUUGCGUCCAUCAAGUUCAGCCUUCCUUACAAAUGUUGUUGCUGUUGAUCCAAAAGAAGGCAAAAAACCUGGUCUGAAGCGCUUCCAAUUUUAUUAAAGACACGGAGGCUCAUAUUAUGCAUAACUCUUUCUUUAUUUCCUCAGCAGCAAAGAAAGAGAAAUAUAAAUAUUAUCAAAACUGAAGAAAAAAAAAAAACUGUAUAGGCACAACAGGUAGCCAAUCACAGGGUAUAGGAAGUAGCUAUAUAAGUCUUGUGUCUCCCACAAUCCCCCUCUUUCUUUGCUGCUUCAUCAGACAGAUAAGUGUUUCUCUGAUUUUGGCUUGCAUUGUGAUUCCAUUUAAUUUGUAUUACAGUGUGUUUUCCUUUUAUGAUUUUCAUACUGUUUGGUCUAAUAUUAUUUGUUUUAUUAUUGUCUGUAUUUUCCCCGGCUGGUGUCUCCCCUCUGGGCCCGCGGGUGUGCCUCUGCCCCGUCCGGGCGGUCCCCACCCCUCCCCUCCUCUCUCCCCUCUCCUACCCGUGCUUCUGCACGGGACCCGACCUGCCGUGCCGCGGCCGCGAUUUCCUCGCGACCGCGGCGGUGUACACGCUUCUCUCCUCCUCCCUCACUCAGUUAGCGUGUCGGCUCGGCGGGCGGGUGCACGAGCCCCUUCCCCCGCCGAGUGGUUUUUCCUCGUGUGCCUUCCUCGUGCGGCGGCCAUUUUGGGGGCGGUCUUUGGUAUUCCUCCCAGUGCUGCCGUGCGACCGGCCACCUCGUAGCCCUGCUCCCUGGGGACACCAGCCAAAACGUUUGUUUUUCAGUUUUUCCUUGUGGGUUAAUCAACCCUUCCCUCUCUCUCCCAGCUAACACCCUGGUGUUAUUCAACCUGCUUUGUUUGUAGUCAGUUUUGGUCCCUAUAUAAUUGCCAUUGCAUUAUUAUUUUACUAUUUAAAUUCUCUGUCACUACCAUGCAGGAUAGGGGUGAUGGGCCUGUUGGUCCCCCAGGGGACUUCCAAUUAGAUAGUACUGAUGGUGCCAUGGCCUCCCAAGAGUUUCAGGCCAUGUUAGAGGCCACUAUGGCUUCCUCUAUUUAGAAGGUUAUUGCCUCAGCCAUGGGAGCUGUCUCUUCUAAUUUCUCCCAGUCCCUGCACUCUCUGAUUUUACCUGCUAUGGCCACCCCUGCCCUCUCCCCUGCUCAGACUGUGCCUGGAGCCCGUAAGGCAAAGGCUAAGUCCAAACAUGUCGGCUCCCACUCCUCGAUGCAGGUUUUGCCUGCCAUGACUGACACGCCUAAGGCGGUCUCAGAUAGCGCGCACCCCACGCGCAAAAGAGCCCCUGGCCGGGCUAAAAAGGCUAGACUAUGGAAAAGGGCUAAAGCCCAUGAUAUUGGGUCGGAUACCGACCGGAGUGUGGAGGAUGAAUCCGACGCUAUGGAGUACGACUCCUUUGAUCAUGAUGAUUCUGGCGAGGAUUUGCCCCUUACGGGCGUGAACCCCUCCGGGUCCUCCGCCAAUACCCGGGGCCCCUCACUUGCUCCCCCGGGGGGUGACACCUCGAUCCUUGACCCGCAGGGCAACCCCCUGUUUGACCCAGACGACCUACGUCAUCCUCGGUCCGCCGAGUGGGUUCCCCCAGAUCACAUCGCCCAAUAUGUGGCUAAGCGUAUCCGCACGCCACUUUCUAGGGAAGGCCGCAAUAAAUUGCGCGCCGAGUGUCCACGCCCGUCCCUCCCGGGCGCGGCUUGCAAAACCCCGGACAUUGACCCGCAAAUUGCUCAAUUCCUGAAUAAGUCAGGAUGGAAGCCCAAGAAGGGCCUUGACCACUCCCUUAAAAGCUGCCAGGACAAGAUCCUGGAUACCCUAGGUCCCCUUUCCAAGCUUUACGAGCUUUUGGAUGCUGCCAGGACCGGGGACUCCGUCCUGGACGUGGAUGUGGCCGUUGGUUGGGUCCAAAGAGCUAUUUGCUUACUGGGGAACGCCAAUACGGCCAUGUCUACAGAAAGACGCAAGGCGAUCCUCCUGAAGAUCGACCCUAAAUUGGCCGCUAUGACUGUGGCGGAGCCUGAUCCAACUGAGGAGGGUCUCCUGUUUGGCGCGUCCUUCGUUAAGGAUAUGGGUGAUUAUGUCAAGACCUUUACGGCUAUUGACAAGGCACAGGCGAACAUGAAGCGCGUGUUCGCGCCUAAGGUUUUCGGAGGGGCCGGGCGUAGCAGGAACCGUCCACCCGGCCGUGGUUUCCGAGGCGCAUUCCGCGCAACCAGAGGUUCCUUCUUUCCCUCGAGAGGAUUUCAGGAACAGAGGGCCCCUCCCUUCUUCCCGGCAAGAGGUCGGGCCUGGGGAUCCAGAUACCCCCGCGGUGGUACCCCCGGCAGACGUCCUUACGGUGAGUACCCUUUCUUCCCCUCACGCUCAAGUUCGGGUGGCGGGGAGACUGGCCUUAUUUUGUCAAGAAUGGGCAAAGAUCACCUCAGAUGCUUGGGUCUUACAAUGUGUAAGGGGUUUUCGUCUGGAGUUUGUGUCCAUGCCUGUCCAGUUUUACUUCCCCAGAGAAUUGUCCCUACCUCAGGAGCAGGACGAGAUGAUUUCCACGGAAGUGGUAGAGAUGCUGUCCAAGGGCGCUAUAGAGGAGUUGCCGUUCGCCGCCCCAGGCUUUACGAGCAAUUUAUUCCUAGUGCCCAAGAAAGGAGGCGGAGUUCGCCCUGUCAUAAAUCUUCGCCCACUCAACGCUUUUCUACGCUACCAACACUUCCAGAUGGAAGGUAUACACUGCCUCAGGGACCUCCUACGUCAAUCGGACUGGUUGGCCAAGCUAGACCUGAAGGACGCAUACUUUACGGUCCCCAUCGCUUUGGAGUUCCGGGAUUAUCUCCACUUCACCUGGCAUGGGCGUCGUUGGCGCUUCACCUGCCUGCCUUUCGGUCUCUCCUCGGCCCCUUGGUGCUUCACCAAGCUCAUGAAGCCCGUGGUGACAUUCCUCCGAACCCGGGGGGUUUGCCUCAUUAUUUACCUGGACGAUAUCUUGAUUUUAUCCCAGUCACGAGAGGAUCUCCUCACACACCUGGGAUGGACGACCGACCUUCUGCAGAAGUUGGGAUUUCUGAUCAAUUGGAGCAAGUCAGUCCUGGUCCCUGCCCAGUCCAUAGAGUUUCUGGGUUUUCAAGUGGAUUCCAUCCAGCAGUUCCUGUUCCUUCCGGAUGCCAAGGUGAAAGCCAUCCAGAAGGAAAUUCGGAGGGCCCUCCGUGUCCCAGAUUUGUCGGUCAGACAACUGGCGAGAAUUAUCGGCCUUCUCGCGGCCUCCAUUCAAGCAAUUUUCCCAGGUCCCCUGCAUUACCGAGCACUCCAACGGCUCAAAGGAUCAUGACUUCGCUCCGGUCAUUCAUACGAAUCUCAGAUAACAUUAGACGAGGAGUCCAGGGACGAACUGGCGUGGUGGUUGGCGCACAUGGAGGCAUGGAACGGAAGAGCCAUCUUCGGUUCUGUCCCGGACGUAGUGAUAGAGUCCGAUGCCAGCUUACACGGCUGGGGCGCUCGUUGUGGCAACGUCUCCACAGGAGGCAGGUGGUCCGACACAGAGAAGUCGUUACACAUCAACUGCCUGGAACUUCUGGCAGGUGCCUUCGCGAUCCGCAGCCUUGCUCCGGGGAGGGCGAAUUGUUGCGUUCUCCUCAAGAUGGACAACGUAUCAGCAGUCCGUUACAUAAAUCACCUAGGGGGCACGAAAUCCAAAAUGUUGGCGAUUCUGGCAAAGGAUUUUUGGCAGUUCUGCCUCUACAACAACGUUUCGGUAACGGCGGAACACAUCCCAGGUCUGGACAAUUCGGGGGCGGAUUGGAAUUCAAGACACUUACGGGACUCCGGGGACUGGCAUCUACAUGCUUCAGUGUUCCAGUGCCUGAACAGGCUGUGGGGCCGGUUCCAGUUGGACCUAUUCGCGUCACGCCUGAACACUCAGCUACCGAGGUUCUACAGUUGGAGGCCGGACCCGGCUGCAAUAGCGACAGAUGCCUUCCUCCAGGAUUGGCCACCGGGUCUGAUGUACGCCUUUCCCCCAUUCAACAUGAUCGCACGCACGAUCUCGAAACUGGUCCGCCACGAUUGUCGGAUGGCUUUGAUCACCCCUCUAUGGAGGUCUCGACCAUGGUUCCCUCGGCUGAUGGAAUUGUCCAUAGACUACCCUCGUUUACUUCCGGUAUUCCAAGAUCUUCUUCUGGAUCCGGAUGGGAACUCUCACGACCUGGUGUUGCAGCAUCAGCUACCCCUCAUAGCGUGGUUCCUUUCAGGGGACCUUGGGUUAUCCCAGACGUUUCGCAGUCAACUCUCCGACUCCUCGAUAACGCCUGGGCCCCGGGUACACGGACAGCUUACCGACAUUCAUGGAGAUCAUGGUCUGGUUGGUGCAUGGAACGGGCAAUGGAUCCCGUAUCUGCCCUUCUGCCUUUGAUUCUGGAGUUCCUCACGUUCCUAUUUGAUUCGGGCAAGGCAUACCGCACAAUCAACCUUUUCCGCUCAGCUAUCUCAGCCGGUCACGAAGGUCUAGACGGUUCUCCGGUCGGCAAGCAUCCUUUUGUCUGUCGACUUCUCAAGGGUAUUCGCCUUGCUCGUCCUCCUCAACCUCGUUUUGCCGCCUUUUGGGACGUCAACGUGAUGCUACAGUUCCUAUCAUCAUGGUACCCCAAUUUGGAGCUGUCUCUCAAGCAAUUGUCUGCCAAAUUGGUUAUGUUACUGUGCCUGAUUUCUUGCAGAAGAGUCUCUGACGUUCGGGCCCUGGACUGGGACGCCGUUGCAUUCACCCCAGAAGGCGUCACCUUUGACAUUUCCAGGAGGACCAAGUCUGCAUCUAAGUCACUUACAUACCCUAGGUUUUAGACUGUCCAGCGCUCUGCCCGGUGGAUUGCAUCAAGGACUAUCUGGAUGUUACACGUCCCCUUCGCAUGACAGACCUGCACGAUCUGUUCAUAUCCUUUAAAUCGCCUCACCGGCCGGUUUCGACUCCUACUCUAGCACGUUGGGUGCGCUGGCUGCUAUCCUCCGCGGGUAUAGACACCUCAGUAUUUACGCCCCAUUCUGUCAGGGGCGCGAUGGCCUCGAAAGCCUCUUCAGUCGGAUGUCGCCUAGAGGACAUUAUGCGAGCGGCGGAUUGGUCUCGGGAAUCGACCUUCCGAACCUUCUACUUCAGGCCAAUUGAGCACAUCGCAUCUCGUGUGGUGGCACAGCUUUAAACUUGCAUAAUAUGAGCCUCCGUGUCUUUAAUAAAAUUCCCAGAUUUUACUAGUAACAUGACGUAAAGUCAUGAUUUUAUUAAAGACACGGAGGCGAGUAUUAUUCCCUCCCACCCUCCCGGAGUGGAGUUGGGGUACGAGAUGCUUGGGGCUCUACAGGUAUGUCUUUUUCAGUUCGUUCUGUUUCAUAUCAGUUGAUUUGCAUUUUUUGUACGGGUUGCUGUACCUUUAUGCUGUGUACUAAUUCUGUUGUUUUUAUAUUUCAGUACUCUGUUUUACCUGUGUCUCCCCAAGACUAUGUUUGGUAAGUUUGCAGUUCUGAAUUAAGAAAUUACCAUAUUUCUCUAUCUUUUUUAGCUUGAAAUUGUCGCAUCGUUUCCCGUUACCCUGUUUCGGCCAAGUGGGACAUCGUUCAUCUUACCUGGUCUUCGGUUCGCAAGAAAGAGGGGGAUUGUGGGAGACACAAGACUUAUAUAGCUACUUCCUAUACCCUGUGAUUGGCUACCUGUUGUGCCUAUACAGUUUUUUUUUUUUCUUCAGUUUUGAUAAUAUUUAUAUUUCUCUUUCUUUGCUGCUGAGGAAAUAAAGAAAGAGUUAUGCAUAAUACUCGCCUCCGUGUCUUUAAUAAAAUCAUGACUUUACGUCAUGUUACUAGUAAAAUUUGGGAAUUUUGCCACAAACUAGGAAAAAAUUCCUUCUUGACCCCAAAAUAGCAGUCAGAUGUCUCCUUGGAUCAAGCAGCUAUUACCCCACUAAUUAGAAAUUAUAUCCCUGUAUGUUAUGUUUUUGCAAGUAUUUAUCCAAUUUCAGUUUAAACAUCUGUAUGGACUCUGACAAAACCACCUCUUCAGGCAGAGAAUUCCAUAUCCUUAUUGUUCUUACAGUAAAAAAAACUUUUCUUUGCCUUAGAUGAAAUCUCCUUUUUUCCAGCCUAAAUGUGUGACAUUGCGUCCUAUGUAUAGCCCUGUUUAUGAAUAGAUUUCCAGAUAAAGGUUUGUACUGGCCCCGAAUAUAUUUGUAUAAAGUUAUCAUAUUCCUGUAAUCUGAAUCAGUGGUUACUAAUGCUGCCGAACCUGUAUAAAUUCCAGGUGGAGUAUAUUACUAUGGAUAGUGAUAAAUUAUAUAUAACUGCUGUCUAACCUCAUAUCUACUUUGUGACACUGCUUCCAUCCUAUUGCAACAUGUUUUAACUCCUGUACACAUUUUGCUCACUAUUUCUAAAACUACAACAAAGAACUUCCUUUGUCUUUCAUUCUUUAAUAUCUCCAUGUGGGUUGAUUAGCAUUUAAAAAUAUAUAUUGAUAUAUUGCAGAGAUUUUCAACUUUUAAAUGCAGCUAUUAAUCCUGUUAAAUUAAAUACUAGGUAUAUUGUGUGCACUGCCAUGGCGAGAUGAAAGGACAGUUAUUGGCGCAGUGGGAGGAGAUUUAAUUCUACCCAUAAAGCAGACUGGAAUUAAAUACAUCAGCUGGGUGACUGUUAAUGGUGGGACCCAUUUUGCAACAACAAAACCAGGAGGAGAUAUAGACAUUCGAGAUAACCGGUAUGAAGGCAGACUGUAUGGAACGGCUGAUGGGUCUCUAAACUUUACUAAACUAACCAGAGAAGACCAGGGAGAAUACACAGCGACAAUACGCACAGUCCCAGGAUACAGACAUUGUAAUAAAAAGUACAAUCUGCGAGUAUUCAGUAAGUGUCCGUAUUUAUCAAUGUAUAGAGUUUACACAAAGUAUCAGUGAGAUUAAAGGAACACGCCAGCUUUAUCAAUAAAUACAUUUAUAUAAAACGCGGAGUGUUGUAAAGUAUUUUUAGAUCACUGGUCGCCCCUUUCCUGUAAAAUAAAGCUGUUACUUCACUAAACCAUUUAUCAGCUGAAGUGCUUGACGGUUUUGCAGAGUUCCUUUAGUCCUCAUUACCAUCAUUUAUAGUGAGUAAACACAGUGACAGUUUAGAAAUACAGGGGGGAUUAUGUCCUAACAGGUAAUUUGGAAGUAGUAAGAAGAUAUCUAAGGAAUAACAGUCAAGACAAGACCUCGUCAAGAACCACUCUAUUUUGAUAAUGUUAUAGGCUUAUGCAAAUAUUGCAAGUUUUUAGAAUGAAAAGUAUUUCUUGAGAGAUUCUGCAAACUGACAAGUUGUUAGAAAUGGAUCAUAUUGUUUUAAUACAAUGUUUCUUUAAUAAAUCCCCUCUUACCCAUCCAUAUUCAGUGUAUUCAGAAUUUAGGACGUCAGAUCAAUGCUAGAUUUUGGUUUCAUAAGACAAAUGAUGAAAGCAACAGUCACUAGUAGAUUUCGAAGUCUAAUUCCAAGACUAAUUAAAAAACUCAUGCGACAGAAGGUUUUAUCACCCUUAAUGCAACAGACAAACAGGAUUUUUAUUAUUGCAUUACUGCCUUCUGGAUUGUAAUAUCCACUAUAUAUGAAACGUUUUAUAAAACAGAGAUAAUUUCAUAUUGUCAGUUACAUUUGCUGUUAAUUAAAAAUCAGGAAUUAUAUCAGCAUAUUAUUUGGAGUCUGGGAUUUCCAGCCAAGGUCGUGGAGCAGCAGUUUUAAUAAAGUUCAGUUAGGAAAAAACACUCUGAGGGUGAUUGGUUUAUCUAUGGUAUUAUGUCACGUGUCAUUUUAGUGAGUUGUCGGUUUUCUAGCUGCAGUCUGAAGUUGGUGGACUCGGUAUAUGCUGGCACAGAAACACUCUAUUAUAAUUCUUCGUAUCCCAACAUUGUAAUAUUUGUAAUGAAGAUUUCUGCAGAGGACACUUUAUGGACACUGGCUUUGGACUCUGUAUUAAGGCAUUGCUCAGCAUGUACCAGUGUUACAUGGUCACAUUACAAUAGGACAUUGUGUACAGUGUAAUUUAUAUAUCUGUACAUUUUCUAUGUUUGUGUUUUGUCGUUUUGCAUUUGUCUCAGUGCAAUUCUGGAUUUUGCUAUGUGCAGAAUUAUACAGAUGUAUACUGCAGACAGAUACUUUUAAAACAAUAAAUAAGAUUGGUUGCAAUAUACCUAUUUUUGGAGCACCAUUUUGUUUGUAGGUGUUUUCACUAAUUGGAUCAGAACUAAAGAAUGAUCUCUACUAAAGUAAGUCCAUUCAGCAUUCCAGCCAGCUCCUGUCCCUGAUGCUGUGUGAGCCAAUGAGCAUCCUAGAAGAACGGACAAUGCACAUGAUUGUUUCUUCGACCAUCACAGAAAGUCCAAUGAAUACUUAAUGGAUGAUGUCAGAAAUCACUAUAGGAGGGGGGUCUGGCGUAUAUACUUAGACAAGACGUAUUUACACAAAUGCCCCAAAAUCUUCACAUGCCCAGUUUCUCUUAGCAGGAUCUCUAGAUAGUCAUCAGUCCGGAAGCAGAAAAAUUGUAAUAUUAUAGAGACAGAUUUCCUUAGAUAUCGUAAAUGGUAUAUUUCAUUUUUAUGAAAAUGUUCAUGUUAAAUAUCUCAUUUAUAGGAAAACAUAUCAGUCGUUUUUAACUGUGAUAGAAGUUUUUCUUCUUAGUGUAACGAAUACUGGUGAAGUUCUGUCCCAUCUGCCCCUGUGGUUGGGCUCCUGUUACCAAAAGCUAAAUAGAGUAAAAAGCAUCAUAUGUGGACUGAUCAACCAGGACAUGUAAUAUUAUUAUAUGAACAUUUUAUGAAUCUGUUCCAGAAAAAUUGCUGCCUGAAGAUAUUGAGAUUCUCCCCAAUGUUACCAGAAAUGGAACCUGUGGAGUCAUUUUAUCUUGUAAAGUAAAUGGAUCAGAUGUGAGAAUCACCUGGAGCAGGUCAGACAGCAGUGUAAUAAUUAAUGGAUUACUGCAUAUUUUAGACACAAAUACCAUCUUCACGUGUACUGCGCAGAACCCAAUCAGUACCAUCUCCAGAACCGUGAUCCCAAAGAGCUACUGCCAGGAAGGUAAAAAAGUUUGAAUAUUAACUUUGUAUUUACUGCAUGUACUAUUAUUUACUUUUCUCGGUUUAAACGUGUGACAUUAUCUAAUUUGUUUGAAAGCUUUGUCAAUCUGUGAGAUGUGUUGGUUCUAUAUCAGAGUGCUUUACAGCUAUAGCUGGGUUCCCGAGCUAAUUAGAAUGUUAUAAUUAAUAUAAAACACUUAUUAUGGAUAAUACAAUGUUAGCUUAAGACAUUUUUACACAGAUUGGUAAUGUGAACAUAUGGCUAGCACACUCAAUAUAUUUAUUAGAGACUGAUUUCCUCCACAUGGGGCUAUUAGAGAAUUGGGUAAGGCGCCCAUUGUGACAAAUUGAUUAAAUGAAAAUCAGUUGCUAUUCUGAAUGAUACAUGUCGUUGUUGCAGUAAAAUGAAAUGCUUGACAUCCACAUCACUUACUGAAGGAAAAUACUAUUGAGAAAUAUCUCGAUAUUUUGGGUGCGCACUGAGCAUGCUCGGAUGGAAUGUUGCAGUUACUAUAGAUACUGCGUAUGAUGUGACUACAUAACAUUCUUCAAACUCUCGUUUCAGAUCUACAGACAAUGUCUACCCCCGGGAAUGAUCUCCUUUAUGGAGUUUUUAUUGCUAAGGGUUUUGAAGUUGUUAUAGUUGGACUUUUCCUCACCAUCAAUCUACUGCUGACCAAAAAACAAGUAUGUAUUAUCCCUGUAUUUCCAUGUCUAACGUGUUCUGGGUUAUUCACGUUUUUUGGUUCAUUGUAAGUAAUGUCCACUUAAUUGAUAAUUCUGUUUAAAAUAACCGGUUACACAACAAACAUGAACUAAAUUAAUAUUUUACGUCUAUCCAAAACAGGCAAAACAGAGCGGAUGGUCUUUCUCAAUUCAUCCCAAUACAAUUAUAGUAAAUAUAAAGAAAUAAAAUAAGUUGAUAGACACUCUUAUACUGCCAGUUGAUUUGAUCUAGAAGAGAUUCUUUGGUUCUCUGGCAAUUCUAUUCAAAGAAUUCUGGGAGAUGUAGGCUAUCAACAUCUGGGGAAGGCAGAGUUUGAGAUCUCUGUUUUAGAUCAUAAGUAUUAUGUAAUAUUAUAGCUGGAAGCAGGGCCGCCAUCAGAAAUUUUGGGACCCAUGACAAAGGUCUGGGCCUCCCCCCCCCCCACUCUCUGCCUCCCGGGCCCGCCCACGCCCUACCUAGUCCGCUGACAAUGAUGCAGGACUGAAUGUGGUGUGUAUAGUGGAAGUUAAUUAGAAUGUGUGUAAUGGAUGUAGUGUUUGUGUGUAUUAGAUACUGUUUGUGCAGUGAAUGCAGAGUGUGUUUGUGUAGCGGAUGCAGUGUGUAUAGUGAAUGCAUUAUUUUUUUAUUAAAUUAAUGAAAUGUUCCAUGUCCGGUGGCAUGGGGGGCGCCCGGCUCCCUGUUACCGCAGAGGGGGCCCAGGCAGCACACAACUUCUCCUCUUCUCCUCUCUUCUAAUAACUCUUGCGAGACCCGCGGAGCGUUGCCACGGUAACCGGGUCUCGCGAGAGUUAUUAGAAGAGAGUAGAAGCUGUGUGCUGGGCCCCCUCUGCGAUAACAGGGAGCCGGGGGCCCGCGGCUGCACACAUAGAUAGUGAUAUUCGCUAUCUAUGUGUGCAGAGAAACAAAGUGGGGCCCAGGACUGCAAGACCAGUCCGGGCCCCCCAGGACCGCCGGGCCCGUGACAACCAUCAUGGUUGUCACCCCCUGAUGGUAUCCCUGGCUGGAAGAUCAGCAAACGCUAAUAUCAUUAACCAUCUACUGAUAGCCCAUUUAAAAAGGGGUGAGAUUGGUGGUAAGAGAAACAAAAAAUUUAAAAUGUAUUAUUUAAAAACUCAAAUAACUGAACUUCAGUAAUGUCACCUUCACACUUUGCAUCAUACAAAAAACAUGUAUGUCAAAGUGAAAGCCCAUACUGUGGUUAUAGUUCUCAUACAAUUUAAUGUAAAUUUCUUUGAACACAACUUUAUCCUAAAGAGAGAAAAGCCAAAGAGAAAUACUCUCAUAGUGUAAUAUGGAUUUAUAUCUAAUGUAUCAUUUUCCCGAUAAGGAGAGCUCGCUUGUUUUUGAGGCUGUAAAGUUGGCUCACAAUUUAACUUCAAUUAACACCUUGAGGAGACAUGACAUGUGUGACAUGUCAUGAUUCCCUUUUAUUCCAGAAGUUUGGUCCUUAAGAGGCUAAAUGGACAUUACUUGAAAAGCAUUGUUUCAAUCAGUCUCAGCUCACUGGAAUCGAUAAAAACCGGUGUCACUAUGUAUAUACUACUAACAGCAGUUUUAUUCCAAACAAAGUGAUAAAAAUAAUAGCAGAGUAAUUUACAUAAGGGAAUAAUAACAUUAUAUCAUAUUUAAGCAAUGAAUUUAUUGAUAUUUUUGACAUACACAUAAAUAAUUGUAUUGCUCUUUUUAUAAAUUAAAAUAACACAUGUAACGUGUUUUCUAUUAAAGCAAGGGGUGCCCUCCAGUGGCUGUCUGCCUAACUGCAUGCACUGGUCAGUUUUUAUCUUGAAUAUGUAUUGAGGCAGCUAGAUGGGUCAUUUUCCUAGAACGUGUAAUAUGUUUAUGUUAGUGUUUAUAGUAAUAUAUUGUAUAUUCUUACACAUUUUCCAGUAUAUUAAGUGUCCUCAAGAAGCUUUUCAAGAAUUAAAGUUUAAUCAGUUUUAUUUAUUAAUCUAUUUAUGAGUGUGUGUAUCAUAUUUUAGUAUAUUUGUGUUUUAGAAAACAAUGUGUCACAAUGUGUUUUUGUAGGACGCAUGA